AUGUCAGCAGAUACACAACUCAUGCUGAACAUUUUGGGUUGUCUGUGCGAACUGUUAACCACAGGUAUCUGUGUUUUAACCCUCUAUGCUCUUAUGUCAGUAUGCAUUUUUUCCAUACUGUUCCUUAUAUAUUUCCUAAGGUGCUGAUAAGGAGAAUUUGUUGAACAGUCUAUUGUUGGCCAGGCUGUCAUUUCCUUUUUUUCUUUUAACCUCAAUGUGUUAUUUUGGGAAGAGAAAUUAGAUGCUAGUCACUCUUAGGGGUCAUAAGGUUAACCAUUCAUAAUGAGUUGAAGUGCGAAAGUUGUAGAAAGGGGGUAAGUUUCCAAAGAAACAAUAGUGCCAUGUGGAUGGGAGAGUAUAACAGCAAAUGGAAUGCUGCUCUGAUGAAUGGCUAAUGCCCAAAAUGUUAGCUUUAAAACUCUUUAUGGUGGCCAAUUUACGUUAACCCUUUAAAUCCCAAGAUCUGAUUGUUAAUUCUCCCCUCCCAGCUGCUUAACAUCUCCUUGUAAAUUAGUUUUGAGAACUUGGUGCUAGAUCAAGAUAGCAGCAUCUAGCUGAUAAGUUUGAAUAUUCUCAUUACCUUUUUGCUGAUUAAUGUAUGGAUAUAAUAGGGAGAAGUUUUAUGUUGAUCACUUCUGGGAGUUAAAGGGUUAAAACUUAGUUGGUAAUACUAAAUUACCUUAAAAGUUGUAGAGUUUGACUAAUACUAAAUGACAGGGUGUUAACAAUUACCUGCACCAUACAAAUGACUUCUUCACGGCAUUUACUCUGAAGAGGACCAAAACAGAACUUCCUAAUACAGACAGAUCGAAACUUAAACCAAUCAGGACCCACUCACCAGAUUUCUGUCUUACAGCUGAUAACAUUAUGGCUAAUCUGACCAAUCAGUUUAGAUAAACUAGACUUAUAACACUCAACUGACAACAACAACUCUUCACUGGACUCUAAGAUGACUUCUGCUAAGGUUUUCAAAACAUCAGUCACCACUACCAACAAAAGUCCUUAUAAGGAUUACAGUCACCUGGACAAUCAGAUUACAUAAACAAAUGUUACCUGCUGGUUAAAACCAUUUACUGUGGUACGGCUACUACGAAAGGAAGUCAUGUAACUAGGCAUAAUUUGUAGACGAUGAUGAUUUUGAAAACUAGAGUAGAAAUAAAGAUCACAAUAGGGAAACGUCAUCUAAAAUAUAACUAUCACGGCUAAUUUUGCUCAGUGGGUGAUGUGGUGCAUAUGAUAAACAAAAUAUAUGAUAUGAAAAAAUCGUAUCACUAAGGGAAGCUUGAAUCUAUUGUCUGAAUCAAUAUAUGAAAUGUUACUUAAACAUUUAGAUCAUGUUAACCUUUUAACCCUAUGAGUGAUCAAGACAGAAUUUCUCCUUCUUUGUUUUAACAUUAUACCCAUUCUACAGAAAUUUGUCAUGAACUUACAAUUUUUGUUGCCUGAAAACAGGUAAAAGGGCAUCUGUUCUUGCAGCCAAGGGUACUGUAGAUAUCAUACUAAGAGUGAUUGUGAGUGCUAGUAAAGAAGCAUCAGUUUGUGAAGAGGCCUUGCUGCUUUGCCACGUCAUUUUAACAAAAGUUGGGCCAAAAGGUGAGAUGUUAGAUAUAUGUAAGUUAAUACCUGGUGAUCUUUUUGGGUAUAUGUAGACAGAUAAAUCUGAAAGGAACACGGCAUUGGGUAUUACUUGUUAUCUAGAAUAUAUUGACCUUGAGAGCCAGUAACCUCUUACAAAGAAAGCUGUGAAGUCUGCACAUGGUUGACCCUGAUAUACAUCAUUGGGUUCAGAUAUUGACCACAGAAGAGUAUUACUUGAAUCAUUGUGAAUAGGGUAAUUAGAGUCCCUAUGUGUAGUACAUGUUUAAGGGUGCUGAACUCGUAAUCUGGUGGUCCUCCAUCCUGCUAUUCGCUGGAUUUGUUCUCGGUCACCCCUAUUUCAACUCCGUGGCUGCACUUUGUAAAUAGCCAACUGGUCUGCCUCCUGCCAGUUGGGAUUUUCAAGUGCUUUAUGUUGCCUUGAAUCAUUUGUUUCUUUCUCUUUCUUAAUGUUAAGUGCUUGGGGGCUUGCAAUAAGCGCUACAUGAAUAAUUAAUUUAAUUUUGAUAUAGUAGAGAUUUAGGUUACCAGGUACUGUCUCUGAAGUACUUUUGUUGUCAUGUUCCUGAAGAAAAUCUCAAUUGAGUGGUUUAGUAUCACUUAAAAUCAGGGGCCAUGCUAAACCAAACCUUGCAGUCAAGAGGAAAAUUGAAAGAGGCCUGGCUUAGAAAAUCACAUAAAUGUAUCAGUUCUCAAAGGGAAAUGACACUCUUUUGCUCACACGUAUGGAGCAUGUCUUGUCAAAAUGAAUUCUUCUUGUCAGUGAAAGAGCUACCUGUUGCUGUAUUUAUUUUUGUUCAGUAAUUGUUUGUAAAACUACCUCUGAGGGAGAUUUUGGCAUCGUGGUUUAGUUCGUCAGGAAUACAAAAUAAGCAAGAAUAAACCAAGAAAAAACAAGGGUGACCAGGUUGGAGAAUAUUGAAAUGGACUGAAAUUAAAAACUCAGAGAUGUGCAAUCCAUCCACAAUUUACCUCCCAAGAUCUGCUCAUUAAUUCUUCAUGCUUUCUGCUUGUUCACAGAUCGUAAACUUUGUGUGAAAGCUCGUUUGACUGGAGCUCUCCAAGUCACAAUGAAUAUGGUGAAGAACAAUACAACAUUCUUUAAGGUUCUACAACCUGCAUUACAAGUCCUUAAACUUUACUCUGCCAAUUGUAAGUUAUCAAACUGUACAUGUUCAACUCUGCCAUACAUUGCUUACAUGCAUUGUCAUAAAUUGGGGGAAUUUAAGCUUCAUCUUGUUCAUUUUAGUCACCUGUUUUUGUGUCAUUCUUUCUUUCGUCUUCUGAUUCCUAUGAAAUUAUAAGAUGAAGGCUUGAUUUACAAAUAACUAAUAUAAAUACAUGGUGUGUCCUAAAUCUGGACUAUGGCCACUUUACAUGCAGUUGAAGAGGAGAUUCUAAAGGAGGUCUAAAAAAGGCUCUACAUAGCACCCCUACCACACAAAAUGUGUGACUUCAGAUUAUGAUCAGCUGAUAGUCUCACAGAUCAUUGCCUCAUCAGUCAUAGUCACAAAUUUUGGGGUCAGUGACUUGCUACAUGCUAAUUUUUAGGGGGUGCUUUUGGAUGUACAGUCUCACCUGUGGUAAGCAGCAUUAUAUUAUGUGGUCACUCUGAAUUAAGCAGUCAGUUGUCAAAGUCUCACAUUUGUUUCCCCUUAAUUACUGUAAUUUUCACCUUUAUUUAGCAGUCAUUUCUAUUAAUUGGUUGUGGUCACCCUCUACUGAGUCCUCUACUUAUACUGAACAAUAACUUACAGCAGAACCACUCUAAGAAAACUAAGAAUAAUCUUUCAGGUUAAAUUUAAUCUAAGUUUAUCUCCUGAAAUUGUGGUUAGCAGUAUUCUUCAGUAAGUUUUUUUCCUUUUUCAGAGCUUAUUAUUACUCCCUGAUCAAUCAACAAACUUUUUGCAACCAGGAGCUCCUAUCAGAGCUUGUUUACUCCCUGAUCCACCAACAAACUUCAUACAAUUGGGAGCUCUUAUCAUAGCUCAUUUUCUCUCCAAUCAAGCCACAAAUUUCUUGUGAUCAGGAGCUUUUUUCAGAACUCAUUAACUCCAUGAUUAACUGAAAAACUUCUUGUGACAAGGAGCUCUUAUCAGGGCUCAGUGACUCAGUUGACUGACAGACCUCUUGUGAUUGGGAGCUCUCAUCAGAGCUCAUUGAAUCCCCAAUCAACUAACAAAUUUCUGUCUUUUUGAGUGAUCAAAAUCUGCUAUUUAUUAUUUUCAUUAUUUUUCACCAUAUUUCAUGAAAUCAAGUUUUUUCUUGGUUUCUUUAGCAACAGUUGCCAUUUGAGCCAUUAACCAACUAAUGAAAAUUAUUCUGCAUUAAGUAACUGCCAGAGUUAAACCACCCCUCCAAAUUUUAUUUUAUUUGGUUGAGUAGUUACUGAUGUAUUAUUGAAAAGUUCCUGUACACAUAAAUACUGUCUAAUCAAACCUGUAUUAGGGAGUUACUCAUGGGGAAUGGCAGAGUGACCGCUAAAUACAAGUUGACAGCUUAAUACAGGUCCCUUAGAUUAGGAGUAUUUUAAAAAAACAAACACAAAACCACUUUAUGCUGUAAUUGGCCACUUAAUGUACAGAAUCUUGCUCAAAAAUACUACUUAAUUUGAAUUUGGGAUAGAAAUAUGGAUUAAAAAUUGCUUGAGAGAUUACUCUUGGUGUUAUUUGAGUGGUUCUGCUUUAAGUGACUGUUCAAUACAGUUGAAUGACAAUACAGACAAGCCAUUGGGACUUUGUCAAAGGUGACCCUAACUGCUCAAUAGGGGUGAUGUCUUAAUAGAGGUGACAAUUAUAGUGAUAAAGGUGAAACAAAUUCAGAACUGUGGUAACCAACCGCUUGAUAUAGGGUGACCACUUGAUACAGUACUGCUUAACACAUGUUCUCCUUUAUCAUUUGGUACUUCCAUCACCCCUAACAGCUUGUCACUAGGUCCCCACCUGGUGACUAUGGCUGUCUUAUCUAAGACCUUUUGUUAUCAGGCUACUAUGAUUGGAUGUCAAACCUUUUGUGUGGUGGGGGUGCCACAAGGUUGACUUUUUCUGGCUUCUCCUCCUCAGCCACUAUGAUAUAUUCUCUCCAGAAGGAAUUAUGAUUCUAAACAAAGCUCAGUCACAUGUUUCUGGCCAUGUAUGCCUUCUCUUCAUCACUAGGGCUGUGUCUUAGGCAAGGCUAGAUACUGUACCUUAGCCAGCUACUUGUUGUUGGAGGACACGAGUGAGCUAUGUUGUAUAAAAGCUUUCGAAACUGCGCUCGUCAUAUAUCUUAGAUAAGUCAAGACCCUUCAAGCUUUCCUUUGAUUCUUCUAAGAGUGCACUGUUGAAUCUUGUUUUGAAGCCGUCAACUGCAAUGCCCUGGCCAAAGCAGGAGCUGUUGGUGUUCUGUUUAGAGUGGUUACCAGCUGUGGUCACAAGAGGGUUAUCUGUUUAAAGUAAGAAUGCAUUUUUACCUUUUAGCUCUUAAAAUGCUGGUAUAUCAUUUGGUUUUGCAUUUUAUUUCUUAGAUCACCAUCAGAUCUUUUACAUAGCUAUUUUGUUGUUCUUUUGUUCUUGAACAAAAUUGGCAUUUCCAAGUUAUGUGGACAGAGCCUGAUAAUUUACUAGUAAGAACAAUUUAUUGAGGGUGUUACUCACAUGUAAUAUAGUCAAUUUUCACAAAUGAUUUCCUAUUUUCUCUGUUUACAUUGACUUUUAAGUUAAUGGCAGUUAUUUUAUUUUUAGGAUAAUCAGCUUUGCAUCUGUUGAUUAGAAUUGAAAUUCAUAACCCUUUAACUCCCAGCAGUGAUUAAAACAUUUAACUUUUUCCUCUAAUAUCCAUACAUUACCCAGCAAACAGGUAAUAAGAAUACUCAAACUUAUCAAGUAGAAGUUGUUUUCUUGAUUUAACACCAAAUUCUCGUUAGUAAUUUACAAGGAAAAGUGCAGCAGUAAGAGGGGAGAAUUAACAAUCAGAUCUUGGGAGUUAAAGUGUUAAAGGCACUGCAUACCUCACAGUAGCUGUCACAGUGCCCCUUCAAGAAUUGGGGUCAUAUUUUUUCAAGAACUGAAAUUGCUUUGUUUUCCAUUCAUUAUUGAAGGCUGGUGUUGGAGAUAAUUGCUACCCUUGUAAAAUCAAGUGAGUACUCCAUUUUGUUUUCAUCAGUUAAUCAUAUAUUAAGUCAUCUGAUGGAAUUGUUAGCCACCCAAAAUCAUUUGUAAGUCAGAUGCCAUUAUAAAGAAAUAUUUGAGUUCAAUUCAAGUUAUCUACAUCUGUUGCUCUUUGCAUUCUUCAAAGUUGUUCAAACACAAUGAAUAACAACAAGAAUAAUUAGAUUUGUAAUCCCUAAGCACUUUUUAUGUGAAAGCUGCUUUGUUGUUGAGCUACAUGUAAAUGAAUAACCUGAUUUAUUAUUGUAGUUAUCUUGCUAUAUUCCCUAUGUCACAGUUGUUGCAAAUCAUUUUUAUGAAUUGUAUAAGUUCAGACAUCAUAGGAAUAUGAUGUAGAUAAGAAUAUAGUGCAACAAAUAUUGGUAAUUGUGAGAACAGCUCCCUGAAAAUACCAAACAGUGACCUAGAAAAUAAGAAUCAUUUUAAUCCAGUGAGGUAUUCAUAAAUUAAUGUACCCAUAAUACAGUCAUGAAGCAUUAGCUGUUAUUGCAAUGUUGAGGGUACUAUCUGCUCACCACAGAUUACACUCAGAAGUCUACUACAAAAAAUUAGCAAGCUCGUUUGACUUUAAAGAGGCAUAUUUGUCCCAUGAGGCAUCCCUCCUUCAAAGAAUGGUAGCACUUUUAAGUUUCUGUGCAGCAGAUUUUACUAGACAGCUAAGCAGACUGAAAAAAUUGUUAAGAGCUAUUUAGUUACAAUAAGGAACAGAGUUGGACUUGUUAAUUGGGGAUGGGGACUGCACACUCAAAAUCUUACAAUUUAUCAAAGUUUUCUUUUUCAAUUUAAAAUUUUCUUUAUUUAAAAUAUUCAUACAUGUAUAUAUAUUUUCUUGUCAUUUAAUAUAUAUUUAGUAUAAAUAGUAUUUAUAUAUUCAGGUUACUAACCUUGGAAAUUUCGUAAGGAGAAAUUCUGUCUAGGUCACUUAUUGAAGUUAAAGAGCUAAAUAAAAGUCUCUUUCAAAUAAGAUAGUUUACUUCAGUCAAACAUGUAUUAAGUGGUACUCUUUUAAGUGGUGAACCUGUUUUAAGCAGUCAGUUUCAAAGUCCCAAAAAAUUUUCCCCUCGAUUACUGUAAUUUUCACCUCUAUGAAGUGGCCACCUCUAUUGAAUGGUUGUGGUCACCUUUGACUGAGUCCCUUGAUCUGUGUAGAAUGGUCACUUAAAGUGGAACCACUCAAAUAAAACUAGGAAUAAAUUGUGAUUCAUGUCUAUCUUCCAAAAUCAAUGUAAAGUGUAUUUUUGAGCAAAUUUUCUACAUUAUGUGGUCAGUUAUGGCAUGAGAUGGUGUUUAUUACCUUUUUAAUAAUACCUCUUUUCUGUGGAACCUUUAGUAAGUAGUCAAUCUCUAUUUAGCACUUAACACAGAUUGGACUGUAAAUUAUUGGACAGUAUAAACAACUGCCUUUACCAUGUCUAAACUUAUGACAAUAUAGAGAGACUAGCAGAAAAGUUUUCUUCAGCAGAGGCUAAAAAACCAAGUAAUCACCUUUGGCUGGUCUCUUUUUUUUUUCUACAGAGAGCUGUGCAUCAAAAGCAGUCAGCUAUGGAGCUGUUCCACUGCUGUUACAAAUGUUUUGCGAUUGGCAAAGAACAGAUCAUCAUCACAGACAGACAAACAUCAGAAAAGCUAUUCUGAAUGUGAUCAAGAAUAUCACCAUGUCAAGUACGUUAACCCUUUACUCCCCAACCUGAGAAUACAUAUUCUCCAUACUGUUCUCAUCAUUUCAUUUGUUAUUAACAAGGAGAAUUUGUAUAGCAAUCAGGAAUGCCUUGAGAGGGGUGUUCAUUUCCCAUAUUCUUAUAACCUUAAUUGUUUAUCCUGUUGCGAUAAUGUAUGGAGAAAUUAGAUAAUAGAUAGUCCUAUGGGUUAAAGGGUUCAUAGAGGAGACUACUGAUUACAUUGUUUGAAUCUUUAAAAUGUCAGAAGGUACACUGUGGUUGAUAGAUGUUGCUUCUUGAAAGACAAAUUGUUCACACCUGAAAUAGCCAAAACAUUGUGUAAACCAAAAAGAAAUUUUGAGAAAUAUUGAUUGUGAAUGUUGCUUUGGAUAUCUUGCCCUAUCAAUUUUUUACUAGUCUGUAGAGAACUGGAUGUCCUCUUGUAUUGCUACCCCACUUUUAAAUUAUUUUGAUUUAGUUGUUACAAUGUUUGAAGGAAGAAAUGGCCUAAAUUAUCCUGAAUUAACAGUAUCAAAAAUUGAUAGUCAACUUGCUGCUUUGAAUUUCAAACCAAUAGAAAUAUCAAGGAAAGAUGUUAUUUGUUUGGUCAUGCAUGCUACAGUCAAACCUGUAUUACCGGUAAGCGGUCACCCAUGGGGAAUGAAAGGAUUAGGGACUAUCAACCACUUAACACAGGGUGAUUGCUUAAUAAGAUGCAGAUUUUAUUUGUUUGGUUGUGCAUGCUACAGUAUUUGAAUGUUACAAAGAGACCUCAUUAGUGUGCUAGCAUCCUGUGCACUGCCAGGAUCAAUAAUGUUGAAAGCAGUAUGUGCAUAACUAGAUGAGAUUUAUCAGUAUGGUUAAAUUUCUGAAUUUUAGGAAGUGGUAAGAAGGCGUUUAUCCAAGCUGAUGGUAUUAAAACCCUGUACACUUUGUCACUGGAGACUUUGGAGUGUAAGUAAAUUUUUAUGUCAUACAAAAUGUUUUAGGCUAUGGUACAUGCUUUUUAUUACAUUUUUACAGGGGAUUCUUUUUUGUUCCAUUUCAGGCCGCGAACUUGAAGGGGUAAACAAUCUCAGCAGCCAGAUUCUACGAAGAUGUUUUCCAACUAACAAGCUUCCGUUGGCAACCUUAUCAUCACCACUGACAUUUGCUCUGUUAGAUUUAGACAGCGCUGGCCACUCAGCUGUAGAAGAUCUACUGGAUGAUAGUGGGGAAGGUGAUUACAAUAUGCGGGUUGAAACACUCUCUACUGUAUAGUUAAGUCUAAGGCAGAGAUGCCAACUCUGAAAAUCUUUAGAGGUUUGACGUCGAAUCACACCCAACCUUCAUUAUUUGCUGUAAGGUUGUUUAACUUUUUUUUAGAAUACACAUUAUUUUAUUAAAACAAAAUUAGGUACUUUAAUGUGGUAACCACUAGAAAACUUUGUCACUCCAACUAAAAUUUUUGAGAUUUCCUCAAUUUUAUAGAUUUAAAUUCUAUUACACUAGACAUAAGUGUCUUAUGAGGAGUUUUACUUAAUCCUAUAAGACACAUAAGAAGUAAUCUUAUAAUCAAGGUAUUUACUCUAUGUAGGUGAGUCUACUGAUGUGGAAUCAGAGGAAGAAGAAGAUGACAGUGGUAGUGCAAGUCAAGAUGAUAAAGAAGGGCUUGAAAAUGGCAACAAGGGUAAAAAGCCUGAGAUUAAUUCCUCAAAUCAGAGCAAACAAGUCAAGACAAGAGAUGAUCUGGCUAUGUAUGAAAAGUACUUCCCAGAACUGUUUGAAUUUCAGGUAAAUAGUUGUGGUUUGAAAAGGCAACAUUCAUCUUUCUGCAACGUUCACUAGUAAGCAGUCAUCUUGUGUGCUAAAGCAGGUUCUCUUAGCUUGUGCCAAAACAUGUGUAGUGUGGCGACUUCAAGAUUAUCACCACCAAUUAGAUCUGUUAUCAUAUAUUUGGAGUAUAUAGUGUGGGGUAUUUGCCAGCUGAGACAUCUGUUCCGUGAAAAAGUGCGACCAAGGACACAACAUUUUUAAAUCCUGGGUCACAUUUUUUCACUUUACAUACUGACUCUGAUUUGGUAAAUAGCUAAUAAUCUAUAUUGUUCCUCUGGGGAAAAAAAAACAGAACAAGGCAAAUUACUGGGUAUUUGCCAAAGGCCAAUUGAAUAGGUUAAAGUGUUAGUGAGUUUAUUGUUGACUGAUCUCCUUCAUAUGUAUACAUGUACAUUUAAUUGCUUGUUAGUUUGGAGAAUUUGGAUUUUUAUCAAAUAAACACACUUUCGGAUCAAUGUCAGGUUCCGAGCAACUGCGCACCUACCUACCCCUCCCUUAACCAAACAAAAGCCCACUGAUAGCAAGUUAAUAAGGUUAAUAUCGGGUUUAGGGAGGGGUAGGUGCGCAGGUUUCUCAGACACUGACAUUAAUCUAAUCUUUUUAUCUAUUCUCAACAUCCGCUUGCCUGCUUGAAAAGCUGAUGCAAGUAUUGCCUCAUUUUUUGAUAACUUUGUAAAGUUUAAGGUUGAUGUGUAAUCAUGCAAAAUGUUUGUUGUUGUCAUUCGUCAGGAUGAAGUUGCCGAGCCAAUGGAAGAUGACAUGGUAAUAUCAUCAUAUCCAAUAGUAAUUCCAACAGGUUCUGAAGAGCCCUUGUCCUGCUCGCCAACCGGACCAAGCCAUCUGUCAAACCAGCUUGAUUCUAUGAAUUUUGAAAGGUGGGGACAUACUGCAGAGUUAAAUAAAAAUUAGGUCGAAAGUAGGGAGCCUCAGAAGAUCAUAUUAGUUAAAGUGGCAUGAAGGAUAAACAAAUCGAAAUGUUGUAGAGGUGUAGGAAGGGAAAUUUUGAUUUAAAAAAUAACGUUGAACAUCAAUAAAGAAGUUUUUUUACGAGCUUAGGACAAGGAAGAAACUCUGAUUACCCAUGAGGAAUCGACUCUCAGAUUUACUCUGCGCUCCGAUGCUCUACCUCUGAGCCACAGAAACUCUCUAUCACAUUUGUUAGAUGUAAUUUACAAGAAAUUUGUUUUUUGUCCGGGUCAAAUUUAGGGCGUGCACUCAGGUUAAAACAUUUAACACAUGUUUUUAUUUUACCUAAAUUCGUCGCAAAUAGUCGACGUUUGGUAUAUUGCUUAAGACAUAAUGAGAUGUAUACAUUGACCAAAGCACACUGAGUGUCAAUAAGUAAGGAUUACCCCUCUCCUGUAAAAACCAGUGAACAGUGUUCAGAUACUUUCAACCUUAUUACUGAACACGGUAACAACGGAGAAGGCCGCCUCAAAAGCCCAUUUAACCGCAUGUGUCAAGCAAUUUAAUCUCGGCUAAGCUUUAGAUAUGACUUUUGUUUAUGUUGCUACAGUCCACCAACUUUGACACAAGCCACAGCGACACAAGAAGAGCUUACUCAGGAAGAGAGAUCUUCAUCCGCGAAUUUCACCGCUAAGGUUGAUAACAAUGGUACCUUUGAAAGUGUGCUACCAAUCGUCAAGACACCAUCACCUGAUGUGUACGGCCAUUACCCACCGUCCGAACCUGAACCACUGGGACAGAAGAAAACUGGACUACAGAGGUACAGGGCUUAUCCCAAUUGUUAAACGUGAUAUCAAAUUCUUAAAGGGUGCAAAUGGUUAUAGACGCUAGUCUUUAAAAAUGUUUGUGGGAGGACGAAUCAAAUGGCGAGACAGAGAGCAUUUCAUAGUCUAGGAUUGGAAUGAUUAAAAAGACGGGCAGCUUACAGACUAAAAACUGUUUGUUUCGCACUCGAUUUAAAGGUCGGGGUAGACUGUGCCUAAGAUAAAAAACAGUCGCGACCCAGUCCCCUCCCGUACCUUUACUUCUUAUCGACGCUAGUCGGACCGUACAAGAAAUAACAGACUCUCAGAAGUCUAUGCCACUUGAGAGAGCGCGUAAAAAACAAUCUCCUUAAAGUUCUGAGUCACAUGUACGUCGGUAUUUUUUGGUUGUUGUUGUUUUAUUUUUACGAUGUUAAAAGUACAUUUUACUCGAGCAAGAUUGCAAAACACCAGUUCAGUAGGACAGGACAUAUCAUCGAGACUACGACGAUCCAAAAGGGAACCGGGAUUGUUUAAUACGGUGAUGUUAACAAAGAGAUUCCACGUUCCCCUGCGUGUGUUCAGUGAAUAUAUCACAGAUGACAUCAAACUGUUGUAAGAACAAGAAAGUGGCUCACGGCGCGUAGUUGAGUGUGUUUCUGGUGGACUUACUUCAUUUUUACUUCAUCUGUGAUAUAUUAAUAUCUAUAUAAUAAAUAUAGCCUUCAUUCGGCGCGAAAAUAUACACUGAUAUUUGUCCGCUGACAUUACCUGUUCUAAGAUGCGAACAAUUUUCCGUGAGCGAAGCUCGAGGAAAACUGAAAGCUUCGAGGAACAGAUUAUGUUUAUGGACAAAUAUACGAGCAUAUUUUCGCGCAACUUGGAGGCUAUUGUGGUUAUUAUCCUUCAAAUAUUUUGCAACGUGUGUGAAAAAUGUUUACGAACAGCUCACUGCGUGGGAUGUUUUACGAUUAUAUGAAGAAAUGAAUAUUUCCUUCUUUUGUAACAAGCAUAAAACGCUCUCUCGUCUUGAAUUAAAUUUUAAACGGAGAAUUAUCGUAGUAGAGGUAAGGUUUGAAAAUUAUACUUGGAUAUUUCCCAGUUUUAGAUGCGGAAUAUUUGAUCAAGUGAUGCGUUUAGACCAUUCACGCACGAGCAAAAAUAUUUGAUGGAUCAUAUACUGGAUUGUACAUUCAUUUUGAUUGGUUCUUAUGAUCAAACAUACAUACGUAUACACAUGUAGAUUAGACGACGGCACCAUCAACAACAUUUUGCUUUCUCUAUCUUGUAACACAGUCAAACGGAUUCCGUGUUGCUGUGCGUUUGUUCACUAUUAGAUAACAGAUGACGUGGUCAUCAUGGAAGUGGUAAAAAGAGGCGCAGUAGAGUGGGUCAAUAACGUUCUUACCACACUUAAACGUCUUCUUUGAUCUUACAGACGCACGGCAACAUAGAACCCACUACUCAUUCUUUUUUUCUUUUUUUUUUUUUUUAAUUUUUGCAAAUGAGGUAUUGUUACCUUUUUAUCCCGGCCUUGCCAAGAUGACAUUGAUCCAUCUGUGCUAGCGUUGCUUGUUGUUUUUCAGAACUAUGAUCUUUAGGGACAUUGCACGACAGAUUCAUCCACAGAGAGUGAUAAACAAAGUUGUAUUUGAUCUGGAUCAGCUUUUAAGACAACCCGGUGACCCUGGAGGAGCACCUGACAACGGGUUAUUAGCUGUGGCUAAAGAGCAACUCAAAUUAGGACAUGCACGGAAACAUAGCAACUCCAGGUUUAUACACAGAAUAAACGCUUGUCUCAUUUGUCAGUUUAAUUUUUCAAUGUGUGAAUCAAUCUUCUUCAAACUUAAACUUUCAAGAUACAAGUUGUAUUUCGCCCAGUUCUGACCACCAUGGGUCUCCUCUCAAAUCAGUUUAGAAAGUUAGGUGUUUGAUCAUGAUAACACCUUCUGUUGUUAAGUUUGUUUGUUGUCAUCGCCUAUUUUGUGGUUGUUGUAUCGGGAUUGCGAAAAUUUACUCACUGACCAUUUGACCCCGAAAACUCCGUUCAAAUGGUCAUGAUAGUUGAUGAUAGUUUCAACCACCACGCGCGUUUAAACACGAAUUAUCAUGCGCUAUCAUCGACUAUCAUUAAGUAUCAUGUAGUUUGGACGUGUUCAAAUUCGAAAUGAUAAUUGAUGAUAGUUUUUCUGUCCAUAGUUUUGCCAACAAACGGGCUCAAACCGAAAUGGCAAAUGAUAAAAUGACUGAAGCAGCCGUCAAAAUUUCGCAGAAUGUCUCCUAAGUCAUUCUUAUCAUCUGCUGGUAGGAUUCAGCAUCUUUAAGUCGCAGCCUCUUGACUAAAAUGUCAUUUGCCACCAAAAUUUCUGAGCGUACAAUAUUUGUUUACAAUAACGCGAUCUUCUUGCGUGAGUUUGUCAACUAUCACCAACUAACAUGAACUGUUUGAACGCAAACAUGAUAGCGAAUGAUAGUUAAAACUAUCAUCGACUAUCAUCAACCAUCGUGACCGUUUGAACGGGGUUUAAGAGCGAUAUGCAUCUGAUUUCUCCUACAGUAUCACUCUGAAUCAAACAUUAAGGUCAUGAGAAUAAAGGAAAUGAUCGCAAACUCAAGAAGGUCUUGAUUGUUAGACAAAUCCUCCCCGAAAGUACUAUGACAAAUAAAUAGGGAACAGUAUGGAGAACUUGCAUACUGAUGUUAGGAUGUAGAAAAUCAACCAGUGGAUUUGUUUUCAUUCUGCAGCAUCUCUGAAGGAGAAAGAUCCACUCCUGAGGAGACGGCUAGACCGCUGAAGUUUGAAUCACGGUUUGAGAGUGGCAAUCUACGCAAGGCCAUUCAGGUAGUUAUUGCGAUUUUAGGUGCUUUAGUCGUGAAAUUGGGAAUUUUGUCGAUGUGUGACGUUUUGGCUUUCCAAUUGUGAAUAAUCCAUGACUCGACUCGACAAUACCCAAGACACUGUAACGCUCCAGGUCUUUGAGACAGGGCUUAUUGGCGAGGAAUUCUCAUUAGAGCGUGUUUUUUUGGGGGGGAUCUACCUGGCUUCAAUAUAAACUAAUAGUUUAGUUUUUGGUUUUAGGGGAGGAUAGGAGGGGGGCCUUAUUGAGAGGGAGAUUCAUUUGUUCGUUUAACCACGCGAAUGUUAAGAAGUAAUGAACUAGCCUAUGAAUGAUCGAACAUACUUGCCUUUUUCAACACAUCUUAUUUCGUAGGUGCGGGAUUAUGAGUAUGAUCUGGUUCUAAAUCCUGAUAUCAACUGUAAACACCAUCAUCAGUGGUUUUAUUUUGAGGUGGGUUCUUACCCUCUUUUCAUUGCGUACGACACAACUAACAGUUCCAUGUAGAGGAAGAUGUUUUUUCGUUUUGUCACGAGCGUGGGACAAAGAUAAUAGUCCGAACCCCUGUAAGGAAUCGAACCUCAGACCUUCGGAUUCCGUGCUCCGAUGCUCUACCACUGAGCCACAGAGACUCUAUGGUGAGCAAGGCCCAUAACGAAGUUCAUAUAUGACACGCGUCCUACAUAUUGCUAGGAUCAGCAAUGUGGUUAGCGUCAUGUUUUGUAAAUAGAAUAAGAAAGAUGGCAAGUUUUGAGCUCGGCAAAGAGAUAGAAAUCCUAGCAAUAUGCGGAUGCUGAUCCUAGCAGUAGGUCGAUUACUCAUGGGGAUUCAGAAUUUUUUUCUUUGCCCUACACAAGACGAAAAAACAUCUUUUUCUAUUUCUUUAAUGGGCUCAAAGCUUAGCCUCUUUCGAAUUCUACUUUCAUGUAGUUACAGCACUCUGAUCGCCGGUAUGAAAAGAGAUAAACUUAGUCGGACGGACCAUUAAUAAGUGAAGGGAGAGGGUGGGUGUGCAGAACUUUCACUUGGUAUCCGGUACACUUUUUUCUGUAUAAUUUUGUCGGUAAUAUUUAUUGUAUGAAGUUUAUGCCGCUGGGAAAUUCUUGUCAGGGCUAGGCCGUCUGUAAUGUUCUUUUUUUUCCUUUACUAAGCUCACUAUCUUCAAAUUAUCGCUAAUGGUCCUUCUCUAUAGAUAGGUGAUGGGAGUUGUCAAGAAAGACACAAUGCCUUAGAAGGUUAAAUAAUCAAUAGCCUCUAUUUGGCGCAAAAAUCUACUCGAAUAUUUGUCCACGGACAUCUGCUACGAGAUGCAAGAAGUGAGUCUACGAGGAACGGAUAAUAUCUGAGGAAAAUUAUACGAGUAUAUUUUAGCGCCAACUGGAGGCUACGCGCAGGGAAAAUUGUUUACGAACAGCUUACCGUUUAUUGCGUGGGAUGUUUACUUUCCAGUGUUCUCUGGCAAGGCUUUAUGAGUACAGAAACAUGUGUGUUCUUCUGUUACAAAAGCUAAACGCCCUCUGAUCUUGAAUUACUUCUGACACGAAGACUUUUAUUGUAGUGGACGUACGGUUUGAAAACUGGUUAAUAUCACUUGGGGAGUAUCACCGGAUAUUCCUCAGUUUUAGUCGGGACGUAUUCGGUCGCAUGACCCAUUUAGACCAAUCGCGCGCGAGAAAAAUAUUUGAUGGAUUACAAUUGUGGAUAUUGGCCCUUCAAGUCUGUGCGUUUCUCUUCAUUUCAGGUUAGCAAUAUGGAUGCUGAUAUUCCUUACAAAUUCAACAUCGUUAAUUGCGAGAAGAUCAAUAGUCAGUUCAACUUUGGUAAGUUGGUUUUUAUGAGUAAUAGAAUUUCCAUUUAUUCGUGUAGGCUUUUCAUGACACUGAUUGUUUCUUAUGUUUGCUUCAAACUUUUGGCGGGAAGUUGGCGUACGUUGGCCGGUGUAUCGCGCUCAGAAGGCCAUCCGACCAAAAAAUCGGUGCUCGCUGGGGUUGCAAAACUCACGAAGUACUCAGAAAGCUUAAGAUGUUUCUUAAAUUAUGGAGAGCGCAUUUCGAUUUAUUGUCGAAACGAAAACUAAAGUAACCGCAAAAGCUAAUCAGAGGAAAGGAAAAUGUAACAAGGAGCCAAUGAGGACGCAGAGUCAAAAUGGGCAAACGGCUUAAAGCGCGGGAAAACGCGGGUGACUAAGUCGUGGUUGGUUUUAGUUUUAAAUCUGAUUGGUUUAGAGGAUAGCGCAAGCUUUGGACUCAUCACAGAGCGACGUAAAGUAAACCUCAGCAAUCUGGAAUUUGAAAAUUGCUUUGUAACUUGAAGAUGAUUUUUGGGGACAUGAUUCUGUUCUUGCAGGCUACAAACCUUUUUUAAGACUUAUUACGAUUUCAUAGUCGGGAUGACAUAUGCAUGGUUCCUCAAGGAAAUGGUCUAGGUAACCCAAUACUUUAUUCGCUAUUGUAGGUAUGCAACCAGUGAUGUAUUCCACAUUAGAAGCUCAGGAAGACCGCGUCGGCUGGGUUCGAGUCGGGACUAAUGUUUGUUAUUAUAGAAAUUACUUCACACGGAGCCGUGAGGUGACUGGUGGACCGACCGGCAAAACCUACUACACGUCAACUUUCACCGUGACCUUCCCUCACACAAAUGAUACAUGUUACUUCGCUUAUCACUACCCCUACACCUUCACUAUGCUUCAGGUAGGUCUUCCCAUGUUACCUUGUCAUCUUUCUGUGUCGAGGUUUGUACAGUGUCUGGAGUUUUUGAAGAAGUUCGGAAAUCUUUCAGUUAGUUUUCCAUGAAAUAUAAGGCCGGAUUAACAUCUGAAAAACUUCACUAAAAAAAAAUCUAGAAUGUUUUUUUUAUUAACAGGAUGUUGCUUAUUGAAUGAAAUGUUAGUCGUCUAAUCGCAUCUCUUUGACAAAAUGUUUUAACAAAGUUUGAGAGACUUCUUAGGUUUAAUCCGUGAAUCUGCCAUCAUAGAUAUCAGAACACAUUUUAUCGUAGUUUAUGUGUGUUUGUGCCGGUGUGUUUGUGCCGAUGUGUUUUUAAGUAACCACGGAGAAGUGUUGAAUUUCGCCUUAAAAACGUUUUUUGUAAAUCUAGCCGUAAGACUCUUUAUAUCCUUCCUUCACCUCAAAGAAAUCAAAACUAGAAAAUGAUAUUCCGUUUUGGGUACCUUACUCUUUUUACGUAGAGUCACUUAUCACGCUUGGAGUCCGGUUUUAGUACAAACGAUAUCUUUUACCGCCGCUUGACUCUGUGCAGCACUUUGGCGGGAAAUCCUUGUGACGUCAUCACCAUCACGGCACAGCCUCAGGGCAGAGAUGCAAAAUCCAUUGAGCUUCUGAGUAAGUGAUUUGCGCCGUUCCUUGUGUUGGACAAAAUUUGAGGUGUUGUUUUCAAAGGCACGAUCUUUACUUUAUACGUUUUAGGGAACAGGCCAUAUAUUUUCCUCACAAGCCGUGUUCAUCCCGGCGAAAGUAAUUCAAGUUGGGUCAUGAAAGGUAACGCGAUCUUCAUAUGGUGAAUUGCAUUCAUUAUGUGUUAUCUUUUUUAUUAUUAUUAUUAUUAUUAUUAUUAUUAUUAUUAUUGGUCGAAUCCUUCAAACAAUGGUUUUAAUAAAACCUGCGAUUUAUCGCCGCGUGUAAGACCUCUUCCCGCUGUAACGGGCCCUUUACAGGCACAGCAGCCCAUAAAAACAUCGGCAGCCGAUUACAGAAAAAGUUAUCGAAACCCUACCUUAGAAUGACCGAAGUGAAAUAAAUUGAUUGUUCAGUUCGGGAUAGUUAUCAAAUUUAAUAACUCGGACCAAAACAAAACAGUAACCAAUCGCUGCUCAGAUUCACUUUCACGUGACAUGUUACUGAGACAACAAUAAUGUAUUCAACAUGGCGUCCGAAGGCCGAACAACACUGAGUGUUCUAAACUGAUUGUUUUCGACUGGCGUCUUCUUCUUCUUUCUCAGUCUCAAUAAUUUUCAUUCGUAUUAUUUUACUUACUUGGCGGACGGCGAAGCGCCCAGGUUUUUCAGCGCUCGUCUCGGUACGUUCCAACUGUAUAUCUGCGCAGGAGAAAAAAGUUUAUUUUCAGUGAUAUUGCUACUUCAUCAGAGAAUCGUCCAAAUAACAAACGGCUACAGCCCAUGGGCGAAAAGAAAGAUGAAAUCAUAGCGUAUUACCAGCGCGAAAUCGUGUAAAUGGCAGGAUUGCUUUAAAUAAAAGCUUCUCGAAACAUGCGAGACGUUGGAGAAUCCAUACUGCUACUCACUUAACGUACCUCCAAGGCCGCAUCCACUCCUUCCUCUUCCAUUUCUGAUUUGACCGGUGAAAUCCUUCUCUCCACUUCUCCGAGAUAUCCCUCGCUGCAAUCGAAUGGUAGAUUACAAAAGUGCAGAUUGAAACUUCUUCUGGGCCAGGAAUACUUAAGGCAAGGGGAAAUGUAUGAACAGAAUGGUGAACCAGCUACUGAAUCUAUUACCGACACAGCAGAGUGAAGAAUUAAUGUGUCUCCUUCACUUGCAAACGUACUUGGUCUUACUCCAACUUAUUGUCAUCAAGGAACACCAACAGAGAAUGAAAAUAUCCAAUUAAGAGUGAAAUUCCCUGACCUUGAAGAACUUUUUUUUCCUGACCAUUUCCUGACUUGUGGCAAUUAAGAUUAAGUUAAAUCUGUACUCAAGCCAAGUUGACUAUCCAGCAGGAACUUAUCCUUUGCAUGAAGUGACAGCGGGCUCUCGUUUGACAAAGAAUUAGUUUGGUUUUGGUUAAUAGGAUUCUCUUCGGGCAGUAACAGCACAAUGAAAGGAACUAUCAUUGUUUCAAAAAGGUUUCCUUGCAAACUGAAUAAAGUGCAGUGAUAAGAAAUCGUAAGUUAGACAACAAUGUUCAAAUUAUGACAAACAGAAAGAUUAAAACCAUCGUCGAAAACACAAAGUGGCGGUUGGCGACUGAUUUAGUGGUAAACCAAGACCAUCCCAUGCACUUUUUUCCUGCAGUUUGCAUCGCGAUAAUUAACAGUUACGUCGAAAGAAAAUGGAUUUAAGAACAGCUCGCUAUUUUUUUUUGACUCCGGAAAAAUUAAUCUUUUAACCUAAACUUUGGGGCAAAGCUUUUUGAAAAAGUUAUCUCAAUCAAACGUGUCAUUUCAACUGUCCUGUUACAUCUGCGCCCAAAAUGUCGCCUCUAUCACCCCAUGACGACCACCAUCUUGAGAACACGCGAAGAGCGGCAUCUAUUCACUAAUUUCCAAUAUAAUUAUUGGUAUAUACGGCGAUUAAUAACAAAUAAACAGCGAAAAUUUCGAAUUGGGUACAAAAAUCUUCGAUUCUCGAAAUGGUCGUCAUGUUUUGACGUAAAGUGGUUAUCAAAUCUGAUAAUUAUAUCGGACUGCUUUUUGCAAAGACAAAAAGUAACGUUUAUAAGGGUCUAAAUUCUCGUUUCCAUAUGGCAUUCGGAUACUAGGAGAUUGAAAAUUAUGCAAUUCAUACGAACAAAAGGAGUCAAUUAAAGAGGAGAUUCACAAUUUAAUCGCACCAAAAAAUGCGCUACCAAAACGUACUUUAAAUUUGCUUCACCUUGAAACUUUUUAUUUGUACUGAGUAACCGUUCUACCUUGCUCUUCUGAGAUCAAGACUAGUUAUUUGGCUUUUUAGAUUUUUUUUUAGACUUAAUGUUGAUAUUAACUUCAAUCUGUUAGUCAGCUCAUGCUAUAUGUGACUCUACAGCAUUUUUUGUCUCACGCAGUAUUGUUUUCUUAUACAGGAGUUCUAGACUUUUUAAUGAGCAACUUCUACACUGCACGUCAUCUGCGGGAGACUUUCAUAUUCAAGAUUGUACCCAUGCUUAACAUUGACGGAGUCAUCAAUGGCUGGUAGGGUCUUAGUCUUGAAGAAAUUUAGCCGCUGUCCUUCCGUUUUAUUGUACAACGACUUUUUAAAUAUGUAUAUUUCUUCCACUUAUACAGCAAUUCUGAACGAGGGAAUCAGUGUCUUUCUUGUGAAUUUUUAGCCAUGAAUGAUGUCUGAUGUGUGCAGUAUUGUAAGAAAUUUUUUUCAGCAUUGCAUUUUCGACCAAUUCUUUUGGCACCGUCAACUAUUCUCCCCACCCACCCAACCCACCCACUCAAUCCCUCACUUCCUCAUGACCCAUAAGGAGAAACUUUAUACCUGUAAAUAACCUUGCUCUGUAACAGUACAAUACUGUGAAUCUUUCAUGAAGUUAAUUCAUUAAUAGAGCUAAAUACAGUUUUGUUUGAUGAAAUACAAAGACUUUUUUUAUGGGGAUUUUACCCUUGUUCUUUACAAAAAUUUUGUUGAACCUUUUUUGCAGCCACCGAUGUUCUCUGUCGGGUGACGAUUUAAACAGGCGCUGGAUCAAUCCCAGCAUGCUACUUCACCCCACUAUUUAUCACGUGAAGGGAUUGCUGUUGUACUUACAGUCUAUUGAAAAGACCCCUUUGGUGAGUAGCAUUUGCUUGUAGCCGUGAGACAGAUCAAUUGUGCCGAACCUAAGUUGUGUUAAUCCCGGCUACUAAACAAUUUUGAGCUGUUAUGUGAUCGUGUUGUUUCAUUCUUUUACUGCGUGGACAGAAUUUAAUUUACAUGACUUACCAUGGUGUACCAUCUUGGAUAAAUGAGAGGAACACAACAAUCAUUUCUUCCUCUUCCCAGGUCAUAGUCGACAAAAAAGUGCGAUUUGGUCCUCGCGCUUACUCAUCAUUCUCUCUUUUUUUCUCCUGAGCAAAAUUGAAGCUGCUUUCAGAUCGGCUACAUUUUCCCUCGACAGAAGCUCUUCUUAACUCUCUGACCCCUUAGAGUGACUAGCAUCUAAUUUCUCCUUACAGUAUCACUCUCGAUUCACACAUAAAGGUCAUGAGAAUAAAGGAAAUGAUCACCAACUAAAGAAGCUCUUGACUGUUAAACAAAUUCUCCUUGUCGACACCAUAGGAAGGAAAUAUACAAAGAACAGUGUUGAGAAUAUGCGUACUGAUGUUAGGAUGUAACAGGAUUAAAUCCGCCUCAUGUUCUUCUUCUUGUAGGUUUAUUGUGACUUCCAUGGUCAUUCACGUAAGAAGAAUGUAUUUAUGUAUGGCUGCAGCACAGCUGCCACACUGGCUGCUAGUUCGUCUAGUUCUGGUGAAGUCGACAGUAGUGACUUGGUAGAUUCUGUCAGGGAACGUGUAGCUGAACUAUCUGGCUCAGAAUCCACCAGUAGCAUGGACCCGAGUGACAUAGAGGAAGAUCCCGGAUAUAGGGUGAGUGUAAAAAAAAAAAAUCAUGCUUAUCAACAAAACCUUUUUCCUGGGAGCUUGGAAGAUGACAGAGAUACUAAAGACACGCCCUGUGAGCAUUGAACUUUUGCAAAGAUCGAAGUCAGGUCUUUGAUACUCAUGAGAAGGAAGUCCUCAUUGUUCCCAGGGUCUUUAAUUAGUCUUUUGCGAAGUGAUUGGUAAAUAUUUGCAUAUGCUGCGAGUUUUUUCUUUCUCGCACUAAUAGAAUCAUAGGAUGAUGAUCAUAUCGCAAACUCUCGUGUUCGGUUAGCAUCGAACUGAAGUCAUUAUUUCUCUUAGUUAGUACGUGUGCUUCACUGUACGGCCCGCUAAAUUAAAAUGUUUCGCUUCGCGCUUGGGUCAUAAAUCCAAGUGGAGAAACUUGAUCCGUAACUUUCAGUGCGGACUUCGAAUUCGGUUAGUAGGAGGUACUAAGUUCAGGGGGAAAAAGAUGCUGGAGAACGAGUACUGAAAUCAAAUGAAGAAUAAUGAGUGAAAUUUUUGAAUAAUAGUCUUGCGAGACUACAAUUACGUUCGUGAAUUUUAGGUUAUCAAACUUUCUACAAUGUUAGCGGCAUUAAAGAGCUGUGCAAUAUAGGUGGUUUUCUUAAAAGUGGCACUCGGUAGGUUUUUAAAAGAGAAUGUUUUUUAUUUAUGAAUUAUCAUUCCGUUUCUAUGUCCUCUUUUUUAUUCUCUGCUUCUACUCUUUGGAGAAGAUCUUAUUGCAAUUAGCGGCUAGUUUUACCCAUCCAAAAAGCAUCUUGAAAUAUCACCAAGGAACUCUGUUAAGUAAGCACUUUUGCCGAACCAAGCUGACUAUUUCUUUUAUUUAUGCAGACGUUACCUCGAGUUCUUCACAACAUUGCACCAGCGUUUUCGCUGGGCAGCUGCAGUUUCAUUGUGGAACCUUCCAAAGAAUCCACGGCCAGAGUUGUGGUGUGGCGAGAAAUUGGAGUGGUCAGGAGUUAUACCAUGGAGAGUACAUACAGUGGCUGUGAUCAGGGACCUUAUAAGGUGAGUUCUUAUUGGAUAAAGCUAGUGUAAAAAACAUAAAAACACAAAUUGAACAGACACUGUUGUGAAUGUUACUGGGUGGAACUAGAACACCUUUGGUCCCGCUUUUUCGAAGGGUAGAUAAUGUUAUCCCGUGGAUAAAUCUCUGUUCAGUGGAUGGCGCGGUAUUCUUUAUUCAGACUUAUCCGUUCGAUAAAGUUAUCCUCCCUUUGAAGUCCCUGCUCUAUAAAUGCUGACAGAGUCGGAUUUCUCUCUGUUUUUAAGUUAAGAGAAGGAAGUUUUCAUUCCGUCAGGGAGUUAGUUAGUUAGUGAGUUAGUGAAUGAGUAGGUGAGGGAGUCUCUCAGUGAGCCAGUCUGUCUGUUCGUCAGUCAGGCGUUGAGUGAGUCAGUCGGUGAGUUAUUCAAUUAGUCAGUAAUUUAUUCAGUGAGUCAGCCAGUUGGUUAGUCAGUUAGUUAGUUAGAAAGUUAGUCAGUCAGUAAGGCAGUCAGUAAGGCAGUCAGUGAGUCAGUAAUUCAAUCAGAGAGUUAGUGCGUCUGGUAGUCAUUUUGUGAAUCAAGCAGGCAGUUAGUCAGAGUUAGUUUGUCAGUCAGCAAGUCAGGUAGUCAUUUUGUCUCUGAAUAAGUGAACGAGUCUGCCAGUUAAUCCGUUUGUUAGUCGGCUGUGAGUCAGUCAUUGAGACAGUGAGUAUUUAUUAAUCAACACAUAAACUUACAUUUUUGUUAAAAGGGUUGCCACGUGGGAACAAGAGAACUGGAGGAAAUGGGCCGUUUCUUCUGUGCCGGGCUUCUCCGUGUUGGACGCUCCUACUUCUAUCAAAACAACCAGCAACAAUCGCCAUCAAACGACAAUGCAGAUGUGAUGCGCAAUGCUGAUAGUUCGUGGUGAGUUCCUCGCGUGAAACCUCUCCACUAUUUCAGCUCCACGUGCGGUGUAUCAUGAUAGAAAGCAAUUUUUAAUUAUUUCUUAGACACCUUUUACAUGUACUUGUCUCACUGUUGGUUGAAAAACAAAAAACUACAUAAACAACGAAAUUCUUCUUUCCCUUAGGAUAAGGACAAGUGAGCUGUUUGUUCCCUGUGAACUCGUCACAAGUGGAGUUGUCAUUUGAUUGUAAUCUAAUUCUUGAAAACACAAACUAGAGAAAGCAGCAGUCAAACGUCUGCGCAUGUGCAAACGUUGUAUUUUUUACUGGGUGGCGUGCUUUCAGGCUGUGAGAACCAAGUUGUCUCACACGAGUCACAAACAACCACACGAGCCAGUAAGUCUCGGUGUUUCAAAAGCUAAGAACAUUUUUGGUAAAGCUCAAAACGGAAUGUUAAAUCAACAGGAUAUCUUUACUUGAAUAACCUUUGUGUUCGAAAAGUCUCGAGUUUUCCUUUUGCCCACAUUUGUUUCCCUUCACAUAUUUCCUUGAACGUUUCAGUUUUCUUUCCCAUAGUUGCGCGACGCGGUUGUUUCUUAUGUUUCUCUCAAAAUUUACCCGGGAAAUUGGCGCGCGGGUGGCCAAAAUUGUUCCCCUCAUGCAUGCCUUAUAUUUAAUAGCAGUGUUAUGCUCAGGUACCUGAGGACUUCAAGUGACGGCCAAAAUCCACUGUCAAUAAUUAGUUGAACGGUGAAAUUAGGGGUAAUUUGAGCAGUGGAAAGUAGAAAUUGAACAGAUUGAACUAUGAAAUUCUAUUUUAGCCCAGCAUAGACAGGACGAACUGUUUUAACUUAAGAGGCUGAGGAGUACCAAUGCUCAAGAUAAAUUUAGGCUCGUAGACCUGCGUCCCACUGACUCAUAGUGCGACCUUGAAUGACGUCAUGGAAAAGGUUCAGGAAAACUUGUCCCAAGGGUCGUCUCGGUUCUUAAUCUUCAUUGUAAUAUCGAAAUAAACCAAUCUAAGAAUGAAAUUAACAAAUAGAAAAAUAAUAUAUAUGCCGUGAGUAAAGCUAUCUGUAAACUGUGCUCCAAAGGGAAAGGUUUGUCAUUAGGUACCAUGUUAAUCCCGAAUUAAUUCGCAUCUUUAGUCUGGACAAUUGCACCGGUAUGCGAGAAGAGCCAGUGAAUAAGUAUUUAUAUCAAAGAGAUUUUGAACCAAAUUUACAUAAACAGCAUAAAAGUUAAAUUGAUACAUGAUUUUAAAUUAGAAGUUACAGCUAUUUGUUAUUACUGUAUGCUAAUUAAUAUUUAGAUUGCUAUAUUAAAUUAGUACAAUGUAGUUUAUUUUUAUAACAUGUAAAAGUGAACUUUGUUUAUGUCUGUCAACAUUGUAAUCUUUGGUAAUGAGUAAAUUUUUAGAAGAGACUUUAUUAUCAUAGAAGAAUGUAUCUUUCCAUGAU